GAGGGGUUUGGGGAGGUGUUGUGCAUUGUGUGCAUCGGUGCUGAGGGGCUAACUUGAUGAUGGACCCGAUGAGCCAGGAGGCGGUGGUCAGCUUUGUGGUGGAGGCCGGGGGCAAGGUCCGGAACUCGGAGUUGCUGUACCGCUUCAGGUCCGCUCUCCAUCACAGCGACCCGGAGCGCAGGCGGCAGCUCCGCGACCUCUUCAAGCGCCACAUCAACGCCGUGGCCGUGGUCCGCGAGGAGGAAGGGGUCAAGUUUGUGGUCCUGCGGAGGAAGCUGCAGCACCUGUUGCCCACCGGUUCGGCGGUCCCGGUAAAGCCGUCGGUAAAGCCAGCGCCGAAACCCGGUGAGGAGGACGGCGGCGGGUGGCGAGAAUGCGCCGGGGAGGGUUUGCGAACGGGAAGCGCCUCCGCUGCGCCCGGAGAGGAGGUGCCCCAACCCUCCUCCAGCCCUCCAUCUUCACCAGAGACCAACUUCAGUGCACUGAGCUUCAGCCAGAAAGUUGGGAAUUACGAGACCAAAUCUGGGGACACCAACACCAACAGCACCAGCAACUCGCCAGGAGCUCCCAAGGUGUUGCCCCCCCCCAAAGCCAAACCCCACAUGUACCCCCUCAGACUCCCGCCCGAUUGCAACAGGUACAGCUCCGGUCAGAGCCGGCAACAGCAACCGCCACGGCAAGGCACUAGGAAGACCGUCCAGAAUGACACUCAGUCCACAGAGGUCUCCCCGGACCCUUCGGGGGAUGGGGACGAUGACCUCCAGGUGCCCCAAAUGAAGAGGAGCCAACCCGCGGAAGCUGCCGGCAACUCGCCCCAGUUGAAGAGGUCUUCGCGGCUCCCGAAGGCGAGCGAGGAUUUGCGUCUGUCCGACCAGGUGCCCCUGGACCCCGUGGAGCACGAGUGGUUAGUAAAGACCGCCCUGGGCCAGUGGACCCAUGUGUGCGGCCUCCUGCUGAAGGACGUUAACCUGGCCGAGAAGAGGGACUUCAUGUCCGGUUUCACGGCCAUCCACUGGGCGGCCAAAUCGGGCAACAGCGAGAUGGUUUGCUGGAUCAUCGAGACGGCGGAGAAGAAAGGCGCCAAGGUCGACAUCAACGCCAAAGCCUAUGGCGGCUACACGCCCCUGCACAUCGCCGCUAUCCACGGCAAAGAGGACGUCAUCCUUAAACUCGUGCAGGACUACAGGGCGAACACGAACCUCCGAGAUUACAGCGGGAAGAGACCCUAUCACUAUCUGAAUAAGGGCAACUCGCUAGCGGUGAAGCAGUUGUUGGGAGAUCCGGACGCCUUCAUCCCCGAAGCCGUUCCUCUUCACAAGAGAAGCUCCAAAGUGGCUCACUCUAUCCUGAGCUCCACCAACACCUUUCUCGGCGCCUUGACCGACGACAUAAACUUCCAGGACAUUUCCAAAUCCUUGAAGAAACCGGCCAAUUUGAGCAAGUUUUUCGCUGCCCCGUCAAUGUACAAGAAAAGACCCAAACUCCGCGGGAACUUCACCUCCUUGAACGAGGAGCCCGAAGAGGACGGAGUAGACGAGGUGGCGAUGAGGCGACGACCGGUGACUGAGAUUUUCCUCUGAAAGUUUUUCUAGGUUUUUAUUUUCAAGAGAGUUUUUUUGAAAAAAACUAACGUGAAUUAUAAUCGUAGAGGAUAAUUCCCUCUCCCUCGUGACGUUUACUUUCUUACUGUCAUCUUUUCUUGCAGACUGUUUUUUUUUGAGUUACACUUUUAUGUUUUGCAGGCGUUUGGACUCACAGAACACUAUUUUUUGGGGGGCUAUACAGUAAAAUUGGCAUAAGUCUGAUCUGUAUAACACGUAUAAUCGCCUAAGUCUUAUUUCUCUUUUGCUCAAGUACCGGUCAAGAGUUUAUAUUCUAUGCAAGUUUGACAUGACUUUUGCAUAAGUCAUAUUUAAUGUAUGAGCCCGAUUGAUAAGACUUAGGAGAGGUUUACUGGUAUAUAACAGUAGCAUUCAGCUAUAGAAAUCUAAAAUAAU